GCWGAUGAUUGCGCGUCUGCUGUGGAUAGUUGCAAUGCUCAGAACCUCAGAUGGAAGUCCGUACCUGUGGGUGUGGCAACUGAUGCUAAGAUACCAGACWUCCAGAUGACAUCAUCAACCAAAUUCAAUACCAGUACUCCAGCAUACAAUGGCAGGCUUGGUUACACAACAGGUUCAUCAUGGUGCUCUGUUACGUCAGACUCUUCUUCAUACCUCCAGGUUGACCUUGGUGCAUCUUAUAUUAUUCUUGGCGUAGCAACACAGGGUGACCACAAGUCCAGUCAGUGGGUGCAGACUUAUCAGAUACAGACAUCAAAAGAUGGGUCGUCGUCAUUUAAUGAUUACAAGCAGAAUAAUGUGGCUGAGGUAUUUCCUGGAAACAUUGAUUCUGACUCAAYUGUGCAAAAUCCAUUGUUUGAUGGGGUUGUUGGUCAAUACGUCCGUAUUCGACCUAAAAGUAGCUUUGGAUCUACAACUUGUAUGAGGACAGAACUAUAUGGUGUACGGCAGGAUACAGUAUGCUCCAAGAUUUUCGUUGGUGUAGCCUCCUCGGCAUCGAUACCCGAUCACCGAUUUGAUGCAAGUUCAUAUUACAGCUCUUCUUAUUUACCAAGUAAAGCCAGGCUAAGGACUGCCGAGGCUUGGGAACCUAAAAAAGACAAAAGUUCUGGUUCCUGGCUGCAUAUAGAUCUUGGUUCUUUGGUGUACAUUUGUGCUGUUGCAACCCAAGGAAAUCCUAAAACACAUGUUGAUGAAUAUGCAAAGAAAUAUCAGCUCAGGAUGUCAUUGGAUAAUGUCAGUUGGAAAUAUUACAAGGACGAUAACGGAAAGGAAAUGGAUUUUCCUGGAAAUACAAACAGAGAUGGUAUUGUAACAAACACUCUGACAGUUCCAACCAAGGCUAAGUUUCUAAGAUUUUACCCUACAGACUAUGAAAAUGGAUAUGCAGCUAUGAGGGUUGAAGUGUAUGGUGCACCUCUUGAAUGUAGCAAACCAUUCGGUCUCGAAAAGAAUGGCAAUGUGGGGGAUAUCAAGGUAACAGCAUCAUCAUCAUCAGACAGCUCCCAUGAUGCAUCUGAUGGACGUCUCUAUGGUGAUGCGUCAUGGUGCAGUAGUACCUCGUCGAAAUCAGAGUACAUACAGAUUGACUUUGGGAAGAUGGUUACCCUCACUGGUAUAGCUACACAGGGUCACCACACCGAUGAUAAAUGGGUCAAGACUUACAUACUAAAGUACAGUAUAGAUGGACGUCAAUGGAAUGAUUACAGAGAAGGCGGAAAUUCUGCCAAGGUUUUUCAGGGCAAUUCUGACAAGAGUAGCAUUGUUGUUAGAUGGUUAAAUCAUCCAACCUCAGUCAGAUACAUCAGAGUUUAUCCCCAGACCUGGAAAAAUGCUAUAUGUAUGAGACUAGAACUAUUUGGAUGCCCAUCGCCAUCGACCUUGAAAAUAUCAGAAUUGUCAAAUACAAAUCUUCAAGCAUCAAGUGGCAAGCAUGUGACUUUGACUUGCAAGGUACAAGAACCCUUAGUACACUUCAUUGAAUGGAGCAUUGACGGGAAAGACGUAACUGGUCGGUCUGCGGGCAUGACACGUGAUGCAACGUCUGUCAAAUCUCUACUGCAAGUAAACUACACCAAUGCUGAUGUUUUCAAAUCGACUUUAUGCUCUAAACAAGAAAUGACAUGCAGAAGAAACGUUGUAUGCAAAGUAAAAUAUACAAGUUCGUCUGGAGACUCAAUCCAAGGCGCUGAAGUCGAAACUAAAAAUCUUGAAUUACCAUCUACCCCGACAUUAGAAUCUGUAAGUAAUAUUCUUUCCAAAUCUGCGGAAAUUCAUUGGACAAUAGCAAUAAAGGAAACUCAAGCAAGAACAAACUCAUUUGUUAUAAAGUUUUCGAGCCAGUCAAGUUCGACUACUGUCAGAGCAUCGAUGUCUCCUCGCAAAAUUACUGGCUUAUCAGUUUGCACUGACUAUGAUGUCUCACUCAAGGCGCUAAGUUUUCUGGGUGAAGGAUCCUGGAGUAACACUUUGAAAUUUAGAACAAAACCUGACCAAUCGCCCAGUGUUCGUCCAACUGGAGUUACUGCAACUUCAGAAACCUCGCAGAGUAUCCUUGUAAGAUGGCAGGUUCCCUCUGGUCUCAGGUGUCCAGUUAAUGGAUAUAGAAUAAACAUCUCGACUAUUCAAGGAGGAUCUGGGAAAUACACUGUGGUAAAUUUUGGCAAUACAACUUUCCGUACAAUUCAAAACUUGGAUAAAUGGACCAACUAUUACAUCACUGUUGAAGCUAGUAAUGAGUUAGGAUAUGGUCCAGGAAGUGUCCCUGUAAGCCAACGAACCCAGGAAGAUGCACCUUCAGUACCUCGAAAUAUAAAAACGACAGAUAUUGCAUCGGAUGGUUCCUCUGGGCCUCGACUUAAAGUUUCUUGGGACAUUCCUUCAGCUUUGAAUGCAGAAUACAUAAGAAAGUACAGUCUUUCCCUCAAAUCUGCUGAUGGCAAGGCCAUUACUAUUACAACAAAUAAAACAACAGCUAUUUUGGAUGUUCAUGGCGGGGUUAAAUACACCAUUGCUGUUUGGGCAUUCACUGUGUCGAAUGGACCAAAGGCAGAGAAGAUUGUCAUAACUGAAGCUUAUGCACCACCUGCACCAACGGAAGGCGUCAUUUCUAAUAUUAAUGGGAGUAUUCCUAACGUUACAUUGUGGAAAAUAUCUGCUAUCAAUGGACCAAUCAGUGAGAUCUUGGUGUCUGUGGAAAACGUCCAAGGUGGUAAGAAAAUAAGACGCGCCAUCAAAACAUCCAUUCCAGACUGUGAAGCGAUGGCAAGUCGAGCAUUUAAACUGGACCCAAGUCAAAGAUUCUUCAUUCUUGGAGAUGGAAAAACUUAUGGAGAAAACAAAAAUAAAAAACUUAUUGGAGGAAAAUAUAAAGUUUAUCAAUGUGGGGUGACAAGGAAUAAACAGAAGAAGUCACUAUAUGGUAAAACGGUGAUGAUUGCAGAAGUACAGGUCCCAGUAGACCAUGAUAAAUCUGACCCACAAUCAGGAAACGGGCCUGGCGGCAACAACACCCCAUUGGUAGCAUCCCUGGUUGUAGUGUUUUUGAUAAUUAUUAUCGUCGCCAUUAUUGUUGGUGUAAUCUUUUGGAGAAGUUUUGUUUUUAAUGGAAACAACGACAGAACCACUGUUGUAACAAACACCCUGGCAGUACCAACCAAGGCUAAGUUUGUAGGAUUUUACCCUACAGAUUAUAAUGGCUUUCCAGCUAUGAGGGUUGAAGUGUAUGGUGUACCUCUUGAAUGUAGCAAACCAUUCGGUCUCGAAAAGAAUGGUAAAUUGGGGGAUAUCAAGGUAACAGCAACAUCUAACUCCCAUGAUGCAUCUGAUGGACGUCUCUAUGGUGAUACGUCAUGGUGCAGUAGAACCUCAUCAAAGUCAGAGUACAUACAGAUUGACUUUGAGAAGAUCGUUACGCUGACUGGUAUAGCUACACAGGGUCACCACACCGAUGAUAAAUGGGUCAAGACUUACAUACUUAGGUACAGCUUUGACGGAAUUCAAUGGAAUGAUUACAGAGAAGGAGGGAAUUCUGCAAAGGUUUUUCAGGGCAAUUCUGACAAGAGUAGCAUUGUUGUUAGAUGGUUAAAUCAUCCAACCUCAGUCAGAUACAUCAGAGUUUAUCCCCAGACCUGGAAAAAUGCUAUAUGUAUGAGACUAGAACUAUUUGGAUGCCCAUCGCCAUCGACCUUGAAAAUAUCAGAAUUGUCAAAUACAAAUCUUCAAGCAUCAAGUGGCAAGCAUGUGACUUUGACUUGCAAGGUACAAGAACCCUUAGUACACUUCAUUGAAUGGAGCAUUGACGGGAAAGACGUAACUGGUCGGUCUGCGGGCAUGACACGUGAUGCAACGUCUGUCAAAUCUCUACUGCAAGUAAACUACACCAAUGCUGAUGUUUUCAAAUCGACUUUAUGCUCUAAACAAGAAAUGACAUGCAGAAGAAACGUUGUAUGCAAAGUAAAAUAUACAAGUUCGUCUGGAGACUCAAUCCAAGGCGCUGAAGUCGAAACUAAAAAUCUUGAAUUACCAUCUACCCCGACAUUAGAAUCUGUAAGUAAUAUUCUUUCCAAAUCUGCGGAAAUUCAUUGGACAAUAGCAAUAAAGGAAACUCAAGCAAGAACAAACUCAUUUGUUAUAAAGUUUUCGAGCCAGUCAAGUUCGACUACUGUCAGAGCAUCGAUGUCUCCUCGCAAAAUUACUGGCUUAUCAGUUUGCACUGACUAUGAUGUCUCACUCAAGGCGCUAAGUUUUCUGGGUGAAGGAUCCUGGAGUAACACUUUGAAAUUUAGAACAAAACCUGACCAAUCGCCCAGUGUUCGUCCAACUGGAGUUACUGCAACUUCAGAAACCUCGCAGAGUAUCCUUGUAAGAUGGCAGGUUCCCUCUGGUCUCAGGUGUCCAGUUAAUGGAUAUAGAAUAAACAUCUCGACUAUUCAAGGAGGAUCUGGGAAAUACACUGUGGUAAAUUUUGGCAAUACAACUUUCCGUACAAUUCAAAACUUGGAUAAAUGGACCAACUAUUACAUCACUGUUGAAGCUAGUAAUGAGUUAGGAUAUGGUCCAGGAAGUGUCCCUGUAAGCCAACGAACCCAGGAAGAUGCACCUUCAGUACCUCGAAAUAUAAAAACGACAGAUAUUGCAUCGGAUGGUUCCUCUGGGCCUCGACUUAAAGUUUCUUGGGACAUUCCUUCAGCUUUGAAUGCAGAAUACAUAAGAAAGUACAGUCUUUCCCUCAAAUCUGCUGAUGGCAAGGCCAUUACUAUUACAACAAAUAAAACAACAGCUAUUUUGGAUGUUCAUGGCGGGGUUAAAUACACCAUUGCUGUUUGGGCAUUCACUGUGUCGAAUGGACCAAAGGCAGAGAAGAUUGUCAUAACUGAAGCUUAUGCACCACCUGCACCAACGGAAGGCGUCAUUUCUAAUAUUAAUGGGAGUAUUCCUAACGUUACAUUGUGGAAAAUAUCUGCUAUCAAUGGACCAAUCAGUGAGAUCUUGGUGUCUGUGGAAAACGUCCAAGGUGGUAAGAAAAUAAGACGCGCCAUCAAAACAUCCAUUCCAGACUGUGAAGCGAUGGCAAGUCGAGCAUUUAAACUGGACCCAAGUCAAAGAUUCUUCAUUCUUGGAGAUGGAAAAACUUAUGGAGAAAACAAAAAUAAAAAACUUAUUGGAGGAAAAUAUAAAGUUUAUCAAUGUGGGGUGACAAGGAAUAAACAGAAGAAGUCACUAUAUGGUAAAACGGUGAUGAUUGCAGAAGUACAGGUCCCAGUAGACCAUGAUAAAUCUGACCCACAAUCAGGAAACGGGCCUGGCGGCAACAACACCCCAUUGGUAGCAUCCCUGGUUGUAGUGUUUUUGAUAAUUAUUAUCGUCGCCAUUAUUGUUGGUGUAAUCUUUUGGAGAAGAAGGCGCAGCAACCAAGCAAAUGAUGACUUAAAGCUGAAUAAUGUGGAUGAUAUAGAGCGGGAGAAUACGAAUGCAAUAGAAGGAGGAGAUGUUCCCCCGCAUGCAAAUGCUGGAUAUGCUCCUAAUGGUCGCGAUGAUGGAGAUGCAGACCUGUAUGGUAAUGCCGAUGCAAUACGACACCAGCCCAUUCACGUCAAUAAGUUUAGUCAGUACGUUAUUGAGAAGGGUGACUCUCUAAAAGCAGAUUUCAAGCUUCUCUCCAGUGUACAAAUGUUUCCCUGGACGAUUGCGAAGAAUCCAAAAAACAAACCUAAAAACAGAUAUGCAAAUAUCAUCGCAUAUGACCACUCAAGAGUUGUUUUAGAAGACACUUCGAAUGGUUCAGACUAUGUAAACGCCUCCUACAUCCACGGGUUUGACGGCACUCCAAAAACUUACAUUGCUACACAAGGUCCCAAUCCAGUAAGUGUUCCAGAUUUUUGGCAGAUGGUGUGGCAAGAAAAUAUCAAGACCAUUGUCAUGCUGACUAAUUUGAUCGAAGCGGGAAAGGUGAAGUGUCAUCAGUACUGGCCUGACAAAAAAGAGGCAUAUGGAAAAUUCAUUGUCAACCUCCAUCGCAUUGAUACGAUGGCUGACUAUGUUGUCAGGGUCUUAAUCGUUAGCAAGGAUGGCGAGACAGAGAGUCGACAAGUUUAUCAUUUCCAGUAUACUUCCUGGCCAGACAAGGGUGUUCCAGAGCAUGCGACGUCAAUAUUAGGCUUUCGCAACAAGGCAAGGCUUCAAUACUCGUCUUGUGAUUCAACAGGACCUUUGUUAGUUCACUGCAGUGCUGGUGUUGGUCGAACAGGAGCAUUUCUGGCCGUAGAUGCGAUGUUGGAGAGAGUCAAAAAAGAGAAAACAAUUGAUAUUUUAAACUAUGUUCAGCUGAUGAGGGAGAACAGAUGCACAAUGAUCCAAACAGAGGCACAAUAUGUGUUUGUUCAUCGUGCCCUACAAGAGGCGAUAACGUGUGGGAAUACAGAAAUACCAGUCUUAAAUCUGACCAUUGCCAUGGGAAAAUUAGCCAGACCAAGACCAAAGGAUCAACAAACUGGAUAUCAUUUAGAGUGGAAGCGCUUGACUGCAAUUAGUCCUAAAGUAACCAACGAAGUGAGCAAAGCAGGAAGACAACCGAAUAACAGACCACGAAACAGAUAUCAAGACAUCGUCCCAUUUGAUUCAGCUCGUGUGUUCCUUGCUCAAGAUCACCAAAACUACAUCAACGCAUCAUUUGCUAACGCUUUCAGAGAACGUAACGCCUUCAUCAUGACGCAGGCGCCAUUGGAGAACACUGUUUCAGAUUUCUGGCUCAUGGUCCAUCAGUACAAGAUUGGAUCAAUUGUGAUGUUGAACCGAUUGCAAGAAGAAGAUGAGUCGUUUUUUCAGUACUGGCCAAAAGAAAGUUCAGAAACCUACAAUGGUAUCACUGUCGAAGUGAUCAAUAGGGCAACAAAGGGACCAUUAGUGGUUACUAAUUGUAUCCUAACUCUUGUUGAGGAUCAGAACAACCCUCAUAACUUUGUUCACAUCCAACACACCGACUGGCCUAAAGAUGGUGCACCCAGCGAUUGUCAAAGUAUUCUUGAUAUCGUCGACAGAGUUCAAAAAGCACAGCAGCAAUCAUGCAACGCUCCAAUUGCAGUCCAGUGCAGCGAUGGUGUUGGUCGAAGUGGUACAUUUUGCGCCGUGUAUUCAAUACUUGAACGAGUCAAGUCAGAGCAAGUCGUUGAUGUCUUUCAAGCAAUCAAAGUCCUUCGUCUUGGACGCCCUAAUGCAGUGGCAACUUUGGAGCAAUACAAGUUUUGCUAUAAGAUGGUUCAAGUGUACCUUGAUUCCUUCAAUGAUUAUGCGAACUUCAGUGAAGUGUAAAGCCGAUUCACUACGAAGACUCGUUCAGUGCGUUAAGUGAGCGUAUAAUUGUGGAACCGCUUGGCGUAUUUAAUACAAAUUAAGUGCUUUAUAACUGUUACCCUAGAUGUACAUAAGCCGAUAUAUUUAUUCAAGUUCUAGUCAAGUCAUAACAUUUUAAACUUCGGGCAUAAAUUGUUAUGUCAGAACCAAGUGUUGAACAUAUUUUCUGAAUUUAGUUAUAUGACAAAAUAAGAUAAUAUAAUUAUUUUUUUAACUUAUGCAUAAAAACAAUCCAUUUAAUAGUAAUAUACGAACGAAGAUAAAAGAUUAAAUAAAGGCAAAGCUUGAAAAAAGAGCUUUAUUUGUGAAAAUAUAACAACUUAUAUGAAAUAAUACAAAAUGCGCUGUGUGAAUUUAUACUUAAAUUGUAUGAUUAGAGUACAAACAUUAAAUGUGUGCAACACUUUCCACUAUUUGCUACAAAAUAGUGUUAAUUAAACAAUAGAAAACAAUAGAGUUAGCAUAAUUUAGCAGGUAUUUAGUGGUAUUUAUGUUGCACAGUUUUAGUGUUUGUACUCUAUAAGAACUUAUGUAAUAUUGAUUAUAUAUUUAUAAUUUAUAAAAGAAUAUAUGCGAUACUCGCAUAUAAUGUUAGGGGGUGGAUAAGAAACUUGUCAAGGAAAAUUUGUUCGUGUAAACGCCGCUUUAAUCCGUGAAAUUUCAUUUUAGUCUCUCUGUAUUAUUUUGCUCAAAUAUACAUAUAGCUGUAUAUUUCUAUUUCUGUAAUUUAGACCUUUGUCGGUACGAUAUUGGAAAAUAAAGUAAUUAUUUAGAAUCUUGA